AUGCCGUCCUUUGCCAACAUCAUGCCGACCUCUCUGGCAGUCAUUAUCGCCUAUAUCCAGUCUGCCAAGGCCUUGGGUUGCUACACGGGAGGUUUGGGCUUCAAUGGGCUCCACGGCGACCCUAGAAGUAGUGACCGGACGGAAGAGGUCAAAAACGACAUUCAUACAACCUGCAGCCUGGCAGCCGGCAAAGUCAUCAGACCUUCUGUGCCUUUCUGGCUGUGCACCAACUGGGACAGAAACAUGGUGCCCAAUCCGGACUGCUAUUCCAGUUGCAAUGAUGAUUUGUGCGGUGCACUUGACGAGAAAUAUCGGUGGACUUGUCUCCUUGGUUGCAAUCCAAACUGUGUGGAGCCUCCCGAGGGUGGAUAUAACCAUAUCGAUUGGGCUAUUGAAGUCCGCGACGGCCAAGCGGAGAAGGAGAUCACCUACGAGCAAUGCAGUGAAGCAUUCACCACGGAGUUCGGUGGUUGUAGCUUCGGGAGCGAACAGAACCACUUUGACUUUUGGUUCAGGAUAGACCCAAACAGGGAUGCUUGUCCCUGA